AUGCACCGCGCAGCUGCUGUUGUUAUCCUGAUCACACACGAGAUUGUGCUGCACUCGUACACGCUUAUUGGAGUUCUCUCGCGUUUCCUCGCUCGACGUACUGAGCACGAGAGUACGGCACUCCGGGGAACAACUGAAAAGCACAUUCAGAUCACGGCGCUAUGUAAAGCGGCGGAUGAGUUCGGUGUUCGUGCGAUGGCCCCCGCGCUGCCCGCCGCAGUCCGCACUUAUAAUCUAAUAUUCGCAAUUUACGAGGUUCGCGGAAGGGGCCCG